UAUCUCCAACCUCGAAUAAGGAUUCUGCGACAAUCACACUUCACAAUACGCCUUCAGUCUUCGUAUGAAAAUGCAGCCACCAACGAUUCCCCCCAGGGUAUCAUCAUUGCUCGGUCCGAGUAUGAAAGAAGAAGUGUCCGCGAUCAAACAGCGAAAAGUGUCUGCACAGUCCGCCCGUUCUUCGGCGUCCAGCGUGCCCAAGUUUAUCGAGGCCCAAAUCGAGGUUUUGGAGUCAGAUAUCGAGCUCGCCGAUGUCACAAUCAAACAUCUUGGUAAUCGAUUGAAGCGGAAGGAAAUGACCAAAGCGGAAUUUGAUGAGCACAAGGCGACAGUUGAGGACGACAUUGAGUUGGAAGCAAAGAGAAUCGAACUGUUCCAGGUGAAGAAUCAAUAUAAGUUUUUUCAGGACGACUUGGAAGAGAUGAGACCUUCGCGAGAAACUAUCGAAACAGCCUACGUUGGGCUAAUGAGCUCAGCGUGCAAGAAAGCUGUAGUGAAGCAGAAAUCGGAAUAUGAGGGCAACAUGAGGCAACGAAAGGAGAAAAAAGGAUUUGAUCAACACAAAUUCAAGAAGGAUGUCUUGGCAUUUUAUGCCGCUGAGAGACCGAAUGAGGAUACCAACAGCAACGACCACUAUUGUGUCUUAACGGGCUGGUACAGCACCCUAACAACCCCGAAUAGUCUCAAAACUGUUGUUAAAGCCGCUCACAUUGUUCCAAAAUCCAUUGAUGGCAAAGCCCUUUCGUAUUUGUUCGGGGUCACUGGGAGCGCAAUGUUGGGGGAUGCAAACAACGGUCUUCCACUCCACAAUUUCAUCGAAGCUGCUUUGGAUGCAGGGCGAGUUAUAAUUGUCGCCAAGCCUGGCACCACCGAGAGGAAUGUUGUCUUUCAAUUGGUGCUGCUGGACAAAAGUCUCGAGAAGAUGCCGAUCCGAGAUGAUAUCAAAUUUAAGGAUAUCGAUGGACAAGAACUCAGGUUCUUGAAUGACAACCGACCAGCGAAAAGAUACCUUUACUUUAAAUUUGUGAUGACUUACAUUCGGUGCCUGGAGGAGGACGACAGCUUGAAGCUCGCAAUCAUGGACAAACUUGAGGGCAAGGGCAACAUGUGGGCGACAGCUGGAAAAUACCUUCGGAAAUCUACGCUUCUCAUUUUGGCAAAGUCUGCCCAUGACAACUUUCUGCCCGAAAUCUUUUUCGAGAAUACGUUCGACACAGCACGUUACUCUUCGACACUACCAAAGGAAGAAGAUGAGCUCGUGGGAGAAGAUUUGAAGCAGCAGUUGGCCGGGUUAAACACAGGAUAUAAUCAAGAUUCUGAUGAGGAUGAAUCAAGCAACGAAGAUUGAGUAGAGAUACGGCAGGUUUUUGGGCCAGCUCGAAGGUGCGAACUGCGGUUCGAAAAGCAAGUCUACCAACUCUUGCUUCAGAAUCUUCGAUGUGUGAGACAUCAGAUCUGCGAAGAGUGCAACCAUAUCUGAGAUACUAGACACGAGUCCUUGGGGCCGAUGUUCAACUGGCAAUAUUUUGUCUCCUUCUCUUACCACCAUUUGAAGAAGUCGUGACACAAUAUCAGGAUAUUGUUCAGGGUUGUACCUAGAACAUAUCAUCCCAAGUGGAGAGAAGAUCCUGUCGAAUAUGUA